GGCAGAACAAUCUGAUGGAUGGGCGAGGAGAGAGCAGAAUCAUGUCUUUAUGAAUACAAAAUCUAUGGAACCUUUCCAGAUUGUGAUCCAGAGUUGUUUGUAGAUGUGUACAAGGUCCUGAAAUAUAGGAAGCAAUGGGAUAGUUACGUGAAAGAACUGUGUGAGCAGGAGUGUAACGGGCAGAAAGUGAUUUACUGGCAAGUCAAGUACCCGUUUUUUCUUGCCAACCGUGAUUAUGUUUACAGUCGUGAACACCAUGAUUUGGAUAUUGAUGGACGAAAGAUUUGGGUGUUUGUGGCAAAAUGUGUGCCUGGAUUAUCUGUGAAAUCUGGUGUCAUCAGAGUGGAGGACUAUCAUCAAAAUGUGGCUGGGGAGAGUGAUGGUAAACAAGGCACCAAAGUGUUCAUGCAUUACUUCGAUAGCCCUGGGGGUAUGAUCCCAACAUUUCUUGUUAACUGGGCAGCAAAGACUGGAGUGCCUUCAUUUCUGAAAGAUAUGAACGAGGCUUGUGCCAACUACCCUGAGUACUGCAGGAAUUCUGGGAAAUAA